CAGGAUGGUGGGCGAAUGGACGCGCGAACCUCCAAGCUGAUUGAUGUGACUGACAGCUGUAGUGGCCAAUCGGAGCCCGCGCAGCCGUCCGUCCGGUAUCCACAGCGAGCUCGGCAGGCGAAGGGGGGGGGGGCUGUUGUGGUGGGGGUCAAAGAUACGCAGAGAAACGGGCUGCUGGUGGCGAAGAUGGCGGAUGGGGACAGUGGCAGCGAGCGCGGCGGAGGCAGCAGCGGCGGCGGCGGCGGAGGGGGCGGCGGAGGCGGCGGAUUCCAGCAUUACCAGCGGGACGCGGAGACCCAGGAGCUGGCGUCGAAGCGGCUGGACAUUCAGAACAAACGCUUCUACCUCGACGUGAAGCAGAACGCCAAAGGCCGGUUCAUCAAAAUCGCCGAGGUCGGGGCCGGCGGCUCGAAGAGCCGGCUGACCCUCUCCAUGUCCGUCGCGGCAGAGUUCCGCGACUACCUCGGGGAUUUCAUAGAGCACUACGCCCAGCUCGGGCCUAGCACCCCGGAGCAGAUCGCCCAAUCGUCCGGCGGGGAUGACACCGGGCCUAGGCGGGCCUUGAAGAGCGAGUUCCUGGUGCGCGAGAACCGAAAAUACUACCUCGACCUGAAGGAGAACCAGCGGGGCCGCUUCCUCCGCAUCAGGCAGACCGUUAACCGAGGCCCCGGCUUCGGUGUCGGAGCGGGCGGCAUCCCGGGGUCUGGCCUGCAGGCCGGGCAAACCAUCGCGCUGCCGGCCCAGGGCUUGAUAGAGUUCCGCGACGCCCUGGCCAAGUUGAUAGACGACUACGGGGGAGACGAGGAGGAGCUGGCCGGCGGCGGAGGGCCCGGCGGGUACAGCGAGCUGCCGGAGGGCACCUCGAUCAUGGUGGACUCGAAGCGGUUCUUCUUCGACGUCGGGUCCAACAAGUACGGAGUUUUCUUACGGGUGAGCGAGGUGAAGCCCAGUUACAGGAACUCUAUAACCAUCCCCUUCAAGGCCUGGGGCAAGUUCGGGGGGGCGUUCAGCCGCUACGCCGAGGAAAUGAAAGAGAUCCAGGAGAGGCACCGGGAUAAGAUGUACGAGAGGAGAGCCGGCGAGGAGUCGGAGGGGGACGACGUGGACGACGAUUGACGGCCGGGGGAGGCGGAGAGAGGGAUGCCGACCCACCCGAUGCGAAGCCUGGCGAUAACCUGAGAGAGAGGAACGACUAUUCUGUGCAUGACGAAUCGAACUUUAAAAUGCUAGAACAACGGAGGCAAAUUGAAGAAAAAAAAAAUGCAAAGAAAUAUAUACGUAUAUAUGACUGAGAAAACGCUGUCUAUACAAGAGAAUCCUGUCCUAAAGUUUAGGUGGAUGUUUUAGCUAAAUGAGUGCGGACUGCAGUAGUCAGCUCCCAUAUGAGGCCCCCCAAUGAUAAAUAAAUCUAUAUAUAUAUAUAUAUAAACUAAAUAGACCUACAUCUAUAUAGAAGUAUAUACAUUGAUUUUCUAUCUGAUAACCUCACAUGUAUAGUUCGCCCAGCCAAUUAAGUUUGACAGCGCUCAAGGUACCCCAAUAGUUUACCGGACCCACUUCCUGGGUGACAUCCGUAGGUAGGAGGUCACCUGGUGGAGCUCACCUGGUGCUGACCCGCUGUCUGCUCGACGUGUGGGCUGUGUGUGUGUGUGUGUGUGUGUGUUUUAGUCUAAACUGAGGUGUACGGAGCAGCUUUCCCGGGGAGAACCCCCAUCCCCUCCCCGCCGAGCCGCCGUCUCAUCUAUUGGGCUCCUCCGACAUUCACUCGGCCCAGGCGAGGUCGCCGUACGGUUACCUGUUACAAGCACACGGCUCGUUCGGAGCCUUAAUGACCUCUGCCCCCUCCCCCGUUGCCCCCUCCCUCCGGUGCUAGCCUCCUGCUCCGACAGAUGAAACGUGGCGCGUUUAGUCUCUGUAUUUGGCGGUAUAGUCGGCGCUACCGGCGCCUGCACAUCACCCUAAGGAGGUUCCGGGUGCAGACGUGGUUGGCCACGUUUGACCCCUGUGACCUCUUGGUCAUCCGGGUCGCGGUGAGCUAAGGGCCUCUGGCAGUGGUCAUGAUUUUUCAAGCAAAAGCUCAAUAACUAAGGUGCGCCAUUCGGAUCCUUUUCAACCUUGAACUCGGACCAUCGAUGACUGAAGGAUAUUCAGUCUGAUUGUAAGAAAAAAUUGGUCCUCUUGAAAAACAAAUCAACUGUGGGGUGCUGAAGAAAAACAUAUAUAUAUACUGGAAGAGAUUUACCUUUCCUAAAAGGUCAAGUAUAGAUUAUUUUUCAAAAGAGAUAUAUUGAAAUAUGUGUCCGAAACGUAAGACAUUUAUCAGAUAACGCUGCCUAAAGUGGCUUAUUUAAAACACUAAACUUGGAUGCAACUGUCCAGGGUGAUAUUUCCUACCUGCUUUUUUUCCUAAAGUUUCUUUUAUUCCUUAGAGGAAAUUAAGACGAGUACAAAUUGAUAACAAAGUAUGUUAUAGCAAUUUCUAUAGACUUCAUUGAAGCAGUCUGUCGUUAACACUCCAGUUCACUUUACAGCGUCGAGUUGCCCCCUCGCUUCAGUCCACCACGUUUUACUCACACGGCUUUCCGUCGGUUGCCAUACGACACGAACAUAGACACCUGCAAUCAUCCACGUUUUGUCUUUAGCGCUCCUUUUAAAAAAAAAAAAAAAAGAAAAGCUAUACUUUUUAUUGUUUUGCAUGCGUGCUCUUACGCGGAGCUGCCUUGUGUUUUUCUUUUGCGUAUUCUGUGUGCUGUACGAUGGUAUUUAUCCUUUUUUUUUUUUUUUUUAAAGCGGUUUCAAGUUUUAUUUCUUGCGAUGUCGAGACGUUAACGUUUACUUCCCAGCCCGAUAAUACACAUUAAAAAAAAAAGCCAGAAAGUUCCCAAACUCUGGGAACACGUCACUGUCAUUGUCCCGCUUCCUGCGGUGGGUAAACCUCUCGCUGAACUUUGCCCACUUCAACGCAGCAGAUUAACGCCAUAUGAAAAAAACAAACAUGGGAGCAAUAGUUCUUUUUUUUUCCUUCUUUUAUAUUCAUAUAAAUAUACUAUAUAUAAUACUACACAUGAGAUUGAACUACAUCCUUCUUCCUGUACUGUGUUACGUGAAAUGGCAGCUGUUUCAGUCAUGUGUGUUCUGCUGUAAUAUUCUACCAAGUUCCUUUCGACGAGAAAUAAAAAAGGUUUUUGCUCAGGA